CCUGGGAUUAUGGAUCUUUAUGGAAUUGGAAGAGGCCUUCUAAAGUAUCGAGCUAGUCUGAUGGCUGGGAAGGGUUUUGCUGUGAUGGCUCUGGCUUUUUAUAACUAUGAUGACCUCCCCCAGGAUAUGGAUGUCAUCCACCUGGAGUACUUCGAAGAAGCCUUGUACUCCCUACUCAAUUACCCUCAGGUAAAAAGUCCAGGAAUUGGGCUGCUUGGGCUCUCCACAGGGGGUGAACUCUGCAUCUCCAUGGCCUCUUUCCUGUAGGGCAUCACAGCUGCUGACAUAAUCAAUGGCUCUGUGGCCAAUAUGGGGAGAAUCUUACACAGCAAGGAUGAGACCCUGUCCUCUGUGGGCUGCCAGCAAAAGCGAAUCAAGGUGACCAAAGAUGGCAUCGAAGUCAUUGCAGAUGUUCUGUGCAGCCCUUUGGAAGGACCUGACCAGAAGAGCUUCAUUCCUGUGGAAAGGUCUGACACCACCUUCCUGUUCCUUGUAGGUCAGGAUGACCACAACUGUAAGAGUGAGUUCUAUGCUAAUGAGGCCUCUAAGCACUUACAGGCCCAUGGGAAGAAAAAGCCCCAGAUCAUCUGUUCCCCAGAAAUGGGUCAUAUUGAGCCCCCUUACUUCCCCUUGUGCCAGGUAACCCUGCACCCCUUGGUGGGUGGUCCUGUCAUCUAUGGAAGGGAGCCCAGGACUCAUGCCAUGGCCCAGGUAGAUGCAUGGAAACAACUCCAGACUUUCUUCCAAGAACAUGUAUGUGGUCAAGCAGGGACCAUCCCAGCAAAACUGUAAUUUUUGUUUGAUUUUGUGGCAUCUCUGAAGCUGAUCUCACCUGAGAAUAGCUACUGGGACUAGCUAGGGUGUACAUGCAUUAUUUUCUUUUUAAUAACUACUAAGAGAUAUUCUUUUUUCUUUGUUUGUCUUUUUG